CUUUCCUACCGUUAGAGCAGCAUGAGAAUCUGGCAUUUGUCUGCCAAGGACAGCCUUGACUGUUUCUAUUACUGGGCAAGGUGACGAUUGACGCAACUAUCAGGAAACCAGAAUAUUUCAGGGCCGACGAGCACAGCUGUCAUUUCCAAGACAUCCUCCAGCCAUGGCGAUCCCAUCUGUCACUUGUUUCCUGCUGAUCAUAUCUAUUUCUAGCACCUCCCAGUUGACAGUCAACCAGUAUAAACACAUUUCAGUCGCCAAAGGAAAUUCAGCUAUUCUGGGCUGCUUUGUGGAAGGCGAGGAGAUUCGGCAUUUAAGCGUUCAGUGGUUUAAACAGCUGCCUGGGAGUCCACCCACUUAUAUCCUCCACCAUGCCAAUGACACCACCAUCCACUGGGGUGACACCUCCCUGGAGCGCUACCGGCCAAUCAGAAACAACAGCAAUACUCACUUUCUGCACAUCGCUAACGUCACCACAAAUGACAGCGCUCUGUACUGGUGCUUGAUGACUAAGAGUCCCUCUCUUCACAUCUGGGGAGAUGGGACCCACCUCAGCGUUUAUGGUGGAGAAGAUGUCCAGGCACCUUCUGUAUCCAUUAUGACCAGUUCAUUGUCUCCAACCAGCUCCCACCCACUCUAUCUUGCAUGUUCUGUAAGUGGUUUUUAUCCACCAGUCAUUGAGGUUACAUGGAAGUUAGAUGGUCAGUCUGCUCCAGGAAUAAUUACUUCAGACCACUACCUGUCAGAAGAAGACCAUUCUUAUGCAUUGAUUAGCAUCCUGGAGCUUCCAAUGCACCACAGAAAGAACAUCUCAGUUUCAUGUGAGGUGCGUCACGAUUCCUCAAGAACUCUGAUCACAAAAGACUUCCUUGGCUGUUACAAGGAUCAAUAGAAACUGUCAUGGAAAACACUCUAGAAGAUAAAUUUUUUAUCCUGAAGCUGAUUUUGCCACACACGGAGUAUGUAAAUUACAAAAUAAAAUAAAAAAAGAUUGUGUAUAUUGUGGGUACAGUAAAGGGCACGUCCACACCUCAACUAAAUUUUAAAGACUAAUCUCAGUGAAUAAACUGUUACAUAUGAAAA